UGUGUGUGUGUGUGUGUGUGUGUGUGUGUGUGUGUGUGUGAUUACCACUUUAGCGGCGAACUGGAGAUCUUGAACUAACAUUCUGUUUCUUCUCCAGGUGAUCUUUCCUGAACAGAGAGAUGAAAUCAGCAGAGAAACUCGUCAUCGUUUGUUUUCUGUUUAAAGGUGUUUUGUGUAGAGAAUUCUCCAUCAGUCUACCAGAGAGUGUAGAAGCUGUGAGAGGACUCUGUGUUCUCAUACCCUGCAGUUUUGAGAUUGAAGAACAAUAUGAUGGAGACCUCCAGAAAGAUCCUACAGGAAUCUGGUUAAAAGACGACACUCAUGCUGACAAUAACAGAGUCUUUAACUCUAAAGUAACUGAAGAGAACAAGAUUGAAGGGAAACUUAUAGGAGACCUCCGCAUGAAGAACUGCACCACCGUCUUCUACAACAUCAGAAAGAAUUACAGUGGAGUUUAUUACUUUAGAUUAGAAACUUCAGGAAGCCUGAAACAGACGUAUACAUCUUCAUCAGUGUCUGUAAGAGUGGGAGACUCUCCAAUCACACCCUCAAUAACACUGUAUAAGGAGGAUCAGGGGGAGGUGGAGGACCAAAAUGAGCUGGUGGAGGGAACUUCAGUGAGUCUCAUUUGCUCUGCUCCAGCUCCUCCAUGUCUCUUAAAGCCACCCACUUUUACAUGGAACUUCCUGCCUGAGGAGAGGAGACAGCAGCAGAACCACAACACCAGCUUCAGCUCCUCUCAGCUGAACUUCACCGCUACUCACCUUCAUCAUGGACUCAAUUUCACCUGCACUGCCACCUACCAGCUCCAGAACAGGAACGAAUCAGCACAGAGAUCUUUUAUACUACAUGUUCUGUAUGGUCCUAGAAACACGUCAGUAUCAGCGUCUCCAUCUGCUUCAGUGCUUUUGGGCAGUUCAGUGUCUCUGAGAUGCAGCAGUGAUGCAAACCCAGCAGUGCUGAACUACACCUGGUACAGAGAGAACGGAGAGCAGAUAGGAACCGGAAACCAUUUCACCAUCAACACCACUGAUUCUACACACAGUGGUCUAUACUACUGUAGAGCUCAAAACCAGCACGGAGAUCACACCUCAUCUGUCCUCCUGGAUGUUCAGUAUGGUCCUAGAAACACGUCAGUAUCAGCGUCUCCAUCUGCUUCAGUGCUUUUGGGCAGUUCAGUGUCUCUGAGAUGCAGCAGUGAUGCAAACCCAGCAGUGCUGAACUACACCUGGUACAGAGAGAACGGAGAGCAGAUAGGAACCGGAAACCAUCUCACCAUCAACACCACUGAUUCUACACACAGUGGUCUAUACUACUGUAGAGCUCAAAACCAGCACGGAGAUCACACCUCAUCUGUCCUCCUGGAUGUUCAGUAUGGUCCUAGAAACACGUCAGUAUCAGCAUCUCCAUCUGCUUCAGUGCUUUUGGGCAGUUCAGUGUCUCUGAGAUGCAGCAGUGAUGCAAACCCAGCAGUGCUGAACUACACCUGGUACAGAGAGAACGGAGAGCAGAUAGGAACCGGAAACCAUCUCACCAUCAACACCACUGAUUCUACACACAGUGGUCUAUACUACUGUAGAGCUCAAAACCAGCACGGAGAUCACACCUCAUCUGUCCUCCUGGAUGUUCAGUAUGGUCCUAGAAACACGUCAGUAUCAGCGUCUCCAUCUGCUUCAGUGCUUUUGGGCAGUUCAGUGUCUCUGAGAUGCAGCAGUGAUGCAAACCCAGCAGUGCUGAACUACACCUGGUACAGAGAGAAUGGAGAGCAGAUAGGAACCGGAAACCAUCUCACCAUCAACACCACUGAUUCUACACACAGUGGUCUAUACUACUGUAGAGCUCAAAACCAGCACGGAGAUCACAACUCAUCUGUCCUCCUGGAUGUUCUGUAUGGUCCUAGAAACACGUCAGUAUCAGCGUCUCCAUCUGCUUCAGUGCUUUUGGGCAGUUCAGUGUCUCUGAGAUGCAGCAGUGAUGCAAACCCAGCAGUGCUGAACUACACCUGGUACAGAGAGAACGGAGAGCAGAUAGGAACCGGAAACCAUCUCACCAUCAACACCACUGAUUCUACACACAGUGGUCUAUACUACUGUAGAGCUCAAAACCAGCACGGAGAUCACAACUCAUCUGUCCUCCUGGAUGUUCUGUAUGCUCCUCAGCUCUCUCCCUCCUCCAGCUGUAACACCACUCAGGAUCUGAUCCUGUGUUCCUGUGAGGUUCAUGGAAAUCCGUCUCCUAAACUGGAGUGGCGUGUCUCUGGUCAAAAUUCUUCAGCCACCAGUGAAGAGUCUGUGAACAAAACCACCUCAAGAAGCUUCAUCUCCAUCCGUCAGUCAUUUACAGACGUGCUCACUCUGCAGUGUGUUGUCUCCAAUAACCUGGGCAUUAGCACACAGUUCUUCUAUUUUAAGAAAGUGGCUCCUCACUCUGCUAAAGGUGCAGGUGUGGAUAUUUCCUCCGUGCUGAUUGGUGCAGCUGUUGGAGCUUCAGUAAUGAUGAUGCUGUGUGGUGUAUUCCUGUGUGUAAGGACAACAAAAUCUUCUGGACAAGGAGAGACAGUGAAUCCUUCUGGACAAGGAGAGACAGUGAAUCCUUCUGGACAAGGAGAGGCAGCAGGACUGGUUUUAAAUGACAGGAUCCCCAAUGCCAUUUUACAGGAAGAAGAUGGAGAGUCUGUGUAUGUAAACAAAACGGAUUUAUCAGAGUCGCUUCAUUACACCACUGUCAAGUUUCUAAAUAGAGAAAGAAGUGAAAUCAGAAGCCUUUCUUCUCUCACUGCCAAAUACGCCACCGUCCACCACGGCUCCGAACACCAAACCGAGGGAGAAACUGGAGAUGCAGCAAUCGAGGAGGUCCAGGAAGAACAUGUGAUAACUAUGGACAGUGUAAUGAUGCAAAAAUCAGCUGAAGAGGAGGUAAUGUACGGAAACAUCACACAUCAGCCAACAAUGGAGCAAACUCUGGUCAAUUUAGACAAAGAUGAAGAUGAAAAGAAAAAAUCUAAAGAAUCUCAAGAGGCUAAAGCAAGAGCUUCAGAGCAGCUGAAACACUCCGAUGGAGCUGAAGGCAUUUACGCACAAAUUCAACCUCGUAAACAUGAACAUACAUAAAAAUACAAUUAUUCAGUGUUAAACAGAUGUUCAGAUGUUGAGGCUACAAACUAAGAGCCAAAGAGUUGGGUUUUUAUUUUAUUAAAUUUAUUAUUUCUAUAUGUGUUGAAUGAUAAAUACCUAUUUACAUUUCUUUUAUAUCUGUAAGAUUGCUUGAAUAGAAAAGAUCAAAGAUAAAAAAUUGAGAAAAAAGAUCAAAGAUUCAUGCACAAACUGCAUAAUGGAAUUGAAGCUUAUAGUCUAUGAACUGGAGUUUAUUGCUUCGAGAUCAUGAUGUUAGUUGUGGCUUUUUUUCACCAUAAAAAUAUGCAUGCUGGAGAACCUGGUCUGGUGGACAAGCCAAAGUUAAUAACUGUUUGUUUAGUGUGUGUUUAGUAUUUUGUACGCUCUGUGCUACUGAAAAUAAUAAUAAAAUAAACAUAAAA